AUGGCAGACUCCAAAUACUAUGAGCUGAGCAAGGCUCAACUGGACCAAUACUUUGAUCGCAUCCGUUUGCCUCAGGAGUCUCGCGCUACCCUGGACAGAGAUGUACUCAAGUCGCUGACUCCGACUGAGCAGUUGAAGACUCUCUUCCUCCUCCAACGAUUCCACCUGAGAAGCGUUCCCUUUGAGAACAUCUCCCUGCACUACUCAUGGCAUCGCGUCAUCAAUGUCGAGCCAAAGUUCCUCUUUGACAAGAUGGUGGUUCGGGGACGUGGCGGAUACUGCAUGGAGCAAAACACUCUGUUCAACACCAUCUUGCUGAACCUCGGCUUUGACGCAUACAUGGCUGGCUCGAGGGUGUAUAAUCCUAAUCUCGGAAGAUUCGGGGGAUUCGAUCACUGUGUCAACAUCGUCACCGUCCACGGGAACAAGUUCGUGGCGGACGUCGGCUUUGGCUCAAACGGUCCCAUCUUCCCUCUCGGCAUGGAUGGUACCGAGGAUGAGGUUGACCACCUGGGUCAGGCCAAGAUGAGACUUAGACAUUCUCCUCUGCCUCAGGCGCUGAAUCAAAAAGCAAAAUUCUGGAUUUACGAGCAGAGACUGGAGCCUACGGCUAACUGGACGCCCAUGUACUGCUUCACCGACGUCGAAUUCCUCCCCGAGGACAUCCAGAUCAUGAACCUCAAGCCGUCGACGACUCUGACAAGCAUCUUUGUCCAGAGAUUAAUUGCAACACGAUUCGUGACUUCUGAGGAUGUAGUCGUCGACGAAAACGGCACACUAAAGGUGUUGAACACGGACCAAUGCAGGAAUGUUCCGCUGGAUGGCCAGCUGAUACUGGAGGGCAACACGGCCAAGUUGAGGCGCAAUGGUGAGAAGGUCUUUGAAAAGGUGCUCGAUUCUGAGGCGGCCCGGGUUGAUUUCCUUCAGGCUGUUAUUGGGCAUGGCAAGUUUGAGCUUAGUGAGGCGGAGAGGGAGGCAAUCAAGGGGACUGCGGCGGCCAUUCUUUAG